CUCUUGCAGCGCAGAGGGGCAGGAGAAGAGAGGCUCCAGAGGGACUCAGCCAGGAUCACUGCUGCAGAAGGACCCUCUCUUUAUUGUCCCCCCUUGACUUGCUGCGUUCUCCUGUGCUUUUACCCUUAGAUGUCUCUCUACGGAACAGUCUUCCACUGGUGCAGCCACAAGCUCAGCUUUCCCCUAACAAGGGUGUUUUGGACUACCUGGAGUCUGAAAUCCAAAACCUUAACAUGUCCCAGCUCCGGCCGCCCUCCCACCAGCGGCAGGCUGUGCAGCCCAGCCUGCUGUCCUCCCUGGGCUCCGAGAUCAUGCCGCCUCCUCUUGCUGACCACAUCUCCUCCAUCCAUGGGAGCAGCAACUCCUCACGGCCACAGAGAGCUGCCCGCACCCCCAGACCCUGGGACUCUGCUGCAGAGGACAGGAGGGAAAACAGGAGGUGGCCCUUGCCUUCCAGUGGGGAUUCUCAUUCCAGCUACAGUCAGGAGCCCUGGGACAGGCAACGAGAGGACCAUCCUCAGAGGCAGAGGACAGGCGGCUACAAUGGCAGGCCCCAGCACUCCAGACAGGAUGUGUCGCCCCUACGCCGGGCUGAGAGGGGCAAGAGCAGCAGCAGCAGCUCCAGUUUCUAUCCAGAGGAGGCCAAGGAGCGCUCCAGACACCAUCAUGGUCAGCGGCGGCACAGCUACUCUCCCCCUUCUCGCCGGGGGUCGUGCAGCUCCUCAGAAGAGCAGGCCCGUCUCCCAGCAUCAAACCGCCGCCGGCGGCACCGGUCUCGGGAAUGGCCAGAAGAUAAACCCCCCAGUUACCGCUCAUUAGAAAUCAUCCCAGGUCAGGAAAAGAAGCACAAAGGCAACACGGGGCCACGCUCGGACAGAGGAAGUUCCCACAGUGGAAGAAGCAUAGUAAUUUAA